AUGGAGAAGUCGUCGUUCGCGUCGGCGAGCUCCGGCGAGCUCACCGCCGCCGUUUACGGAGCAGGGAGGCCGGUGAGGGUGAUACCUCUGCGCCACCCACUGGAUGCGGCUGUGCGGGAGGCGGCCGCCUCCUCCUCCCCGUCACCGUUGUCGGCGGCGAUGGAGAGGGCGCGGGCGAUGGGGCCGUGGGAGUGGGCGGAGGCGGCUCUCCCGUGCUUGGCGUGGAUGCGGAGCUACAGAUGGAAGGAGGACUUCCAGGCCGACCUCGCCGCCGGCAUCACUGUCGGCGUCAUGCUUGUGCCUCAGGCAAUGUCAUAUGCAAAGCUGGCUGGGCUUCACCCAAUUUAUGGGCUCUACACAGGCUUUGUCCCACUAUUUGUCUACGCGAUUUUUGGGUCCUCACGACAAUUAGCAGUAGGUCCAGUGGCACUUGUCUCUCUGCUAGUGUCCAAUGUUCUUGGGGGUAUAGUUAAUUCAUCUAGUGAGCUGUACACGGAAUUAGCCAUAUUAUUGGCAUUCAUGGUUGGAAUACUGGAAUGCUUGAUGGCAUUGCUAAGACUUGGCUGGCUUAUUCGUUUCAUUAGCCAUUCUGUAAUAUCUGGAUUCACUACAGCUUCGGCCAUCGUAAUUGGUUUGUCCCAAAUCAAGUAUUUCUUGGGUUACAGUGUUACAAGAAGUAGCAAGAUUAUACCACUUAUUGAGAGUAUAAUUGCUGGAAUAGAUCAGUUCUCCUGGCCUCCAUUUGUAAUGGGAUCAGCGUUUCUUGUUAUUCUUCUAAUAAUGAAAAAGCUAGGGAAAACGAAUAAAAAAUUACGUUUCCUGAGAGCUUCUGGUCCACUAACAGCUGUUGUUCUUGGAACAUUGUUUGUGAAAAUUUUCCGUCCAACUGCCAUAUCAGUGGUAGGUGAAAUACCGCAAGGCCUUCCCAGUUUCUCCAUUCCUCGAGGAUUUGAACAUCUGAUGUCCCUAAUGCCAACUGCAAUACUUAUCACUGGUGUUGCUAUUUUGGAGUCUGUUGGGAUUGCUAAAGCGUUAGCUGCGAAGAAUGGUUAUGAGUUGGACUCAAACAAAGAGUUAUUUGGCCUUGGCUUAUCAAAUAUAUGCGGUUCAUUCUUCUCUGCAUAUCCUGCUACAGGCUCCUUUUCUAGGUCUGCUGUGAAUCAUGAAAGUGGGGCAAAGACUGGAUUAUCAGGAAUCAUAAUGGGCAUAAUAAUUUGCAGUGCUCUCUUGUUUAUGACACCAUUAUUUACUGAUAUACCUCAGUGUGCAUUGGCUGCCAUUGUGAUUUCUGCUGUCACUGGCCUGGUAGAUUAUGAAGAGGCCAUCUUCCUGUGGGGUAUUGAUAAGAAGGAUUUCUUUCUGUGGGCGAUGACAUUUACUACAACCUUAACUUUUGGCAUUGAGAUUGGUGUCCUUGUUGGGGUUGGGUUUUCGCUGGCAUUUGUGAUCCAUGAAUCUGCAAAUCCGCAUAUAGGCACCACUGUGUACAGGAAUACAUUGCAGUACCCUGAGGCUUAUACAUACAACGGGAUUGUUGUUGUCCGUGUUGAUGCACCAAUCUACUUUGCUAACAUAAGUUACAUAAAGGACAGGUUGCGUGAGUAUGAGCUCAAACUCCCAAAUUCAAACCGUGGACCUGAUGUUGGAAGGGUGUACUUUGUGAUCCUCGAGAUGUCCCCUGUUACAUACAUCGACUCGAGCGCUGUUCAAGCUCUCAAGGACCUGCAUCAAGAAUACAAAACACGCGACAUCCAGAUUGCUAUAGCGAAUCCUAACCGGCAGGUGCACCUAUUGCUGUCAAGAGCGGGCAUCAUCGACAUGAUUGGCGCAGGGUGGUGUUUCGUCCGAGUGCACGACGCGGUGCAAGUAUGCCUCCAGCAUGUGCAGAGUUCAUCGUCGAAUGCCAUUAAGUUAUCCCCACAGGCGUCUGGGAACUUGACGGAGUCUCCCAAGGCGCAGCAGCGGUAUGGCUUCCUGAGGAACCUCUGGAAAGCACAAGAUGGGAAUGGGAGCGCCGGUGACGAGGCCCAGUCGUUGCUGCGCCAAAACCUUGUGUAG